UAACGCUACCUAAUUUAUUCGUAUCCUAAUCCAGCUUCAUUACGGAUAAGAAUCGAUCUCUCGUCACGUGGCCGGUGGCCCCAACAACACUGCCUCUUUAAAGGUUUCCUCAGGAAAAACAAUGACCUCGUGCACCCACCAGAAUACAUUUCUGUAACAGCCAUAUAUAAAAUAUCCCAUAAUAAACCUAACUAGCCCAUUUGCGCAAAUCCGCUGCCAUUUGGUUGAUACUUGAGCUGAAGGGGGACAGGACGGGUUUGUCUCCACUCGUUCUUCCCAUUUUUCCUCCCCCGUGCACGGAAAGCUCCCUGCCCCCGAUCCCUCAGGCGCCCGGAUGCACACCAGCAGCAGCAGCAGCAGCAGUUAGUCAGUCGGUCAGUCAGGACAAACAUGGUCGCCGGAGCUCGAGGAAGCGUUUAGGAAUCUCCGCGCUGAAAUUCGUCUCAUUGAGCCGAGGUCUCUUACACUGAUCCCCGAAGCACGUUGAAGCCUCUCUUCUCGACCCCACUUUACAAAAAAGAGGGAAAACUCUGAGCACUGCAUAGCCUGAAGCUGAAGGCAUCUUUGUGGACAGGAUACUUCGAGGGGCAAACAAUGGAAUGCUCUCUCCUGCCUACACUGCUCAGCACUCUACAGACUGAGGUUAAACGGCUUAGUUAGCAGUGUGCCUCUCCCCCAAGAACUCUUUUAGCCUGGGGAAAGUUGGGAGAAAAACAGGCAAAGGAGAAUUUCCUUCAUAGUACAGCACCUUACUCCAGUUCUUUGUAGUUGCUUGCUUGGGAUUCAUUUGGAAGCUUUGCGUGAACAAAAGCCAAGAUGGAUUUGGAACCGUACCUGUGGAUGGUCGUGCUUGGCUUCAUUAUAGCCUUCAUCCUGGCAUUUUCAGUGGGGGCCAAUGAUGUGGCAAACUCGUUUGGCACAGCGGUCGGGUCAGGGGUGGUGACACUACGUCAGGCCUGCAUCCUGGCUUCCAUAUUCGAGACCCUUGGCUCCAUACUACUCGGUGCCAAGGUCGGGGAAACCAUUCGGAAGGGAAUUAUAGAUGUCAAUUUAUACAAUGAGACAGUGCCGAUACUGAUGGCGGGAGAGGUCAGCGCCAUGGUCGGGUCUGCGGUUUGGCAGCUCAUUGCCUCUUUUCUGAAGUUGCCUGUUUCUGGAACUCAUUGCAUUGUGGGAUCUACUAUUGGCUUCUCCAUGGUUGCCAUUGGCACUAAAGGAGUGCAGUGGAUGCAGUUAGUCAAAAUUGUUGCCUCAUGGUUCAUCUCCCCUCUGCUGUCUGGUCUCAUGUCUGGUCUGCUUUUCUUCAUCAUCAGAUAUUUCAUUCUUAACAAGGAUGACCCUGUUCCCAAUGGUCUCCGUGCUUUGCCCCUCUUCUAUGCGUCAACCAUCGGAAUCAACGCAUUCUCCAUCAUGUACACUGGAGCUCCCUUACUGGGCUUGGGGAUGCUCCCCGUCUGGGCUAUUGCCCUCAUUACCUUGGCUGGUGCUCUGGUAUGUGCCGUUCUGGUCUGGAUUUUUGUUUGCCCCUGGAUGAGAAGGAAAAUUGCAAGUCGGCUGAAGAAAGAGCAUGCUCUUUCCCGCAUCUCUGAUGAGAGUUUGGAUAAAAUCCCUGAGGAGGAAGAGGAAGCUCCUGUGUUUAAAGAGCUUCCAGGUGCAAAAAGCAUCAACGAUGCUGUGCUGCCCCUGACAGAGGAGUCCACAGGAGAGCUGAACAGCCUGGCUAAUGGAGGCACCGUCCUGCCCCAUGGCAGAGUGUAUGGUCGCACUAACUCCAUGACCAACGGCUGUCUCAAGUCACCCGUGUCCAAUGGGGCCUUCAGCUUUGAUGGACACAUGCGCAGCGACGGCCAGGUCUAUCACACCGUUCACAAGGAUUCUGGUCUCUACAAGGACCUCCUACACAAGAUCCACCUGGGCCGCCUGGAAGACGAGCGCAGCGGCUCGCGUCCCGACAACAGCUACCGUCACCUCCGCCGCAACAACAGCUAUACAUGUUACACAGCAGCCAUCUGUGGCAUGCCGGUGCAGCCCCUGAUGCGGACGGAGUCCAGCGCCCCUCCUCCGGAGGACAGCGAGAAGCUAGUGGGCGACACUGUCUUUUAUUCGAAGAAGCGAUUGCGCUAUGACAGCUAUUCCAGCUACUGUAAUGCAGUUGCGGAGGCUGAGAUUGAAGCGGAGGAAGGUGAUGUGGAUGUGAAGUUGGCAGCAGAUAAAAGGGAGCCCCGGGUCCCUGUUGAAGCGGUGCUGGAGGAAUGUGUUGAUGAGGACAAGGAGGAGAAGGACAAGCCGCAAAUCUUCCUGCUCUUCCACUUCCUGCAAAUCCUCACCGCCUGUUUCGGAUCGUUUGCGCAUGGUGGGAAUGAUGUCAGUAAUGCAAUUGGUCCUUUGGUGGCCCUGUGGAUGAUUUAUGACCAGGGUGGGGUGAUGCAGGAUGCGGCCACACCGGUCUGGCUGCUAUUCUAUGGAGGCAUCGGAAUCUGUGCCGGACUGUGGGUUUGGGGUCGACGUGUCAUUCAAACAAUGGGCAAAGACCUCACACCCAUCACCCCCUCCAGUGGAUUCACUAUUGAGCUGGCCUCAGCGAUCACUGUUGUUUUGGCGUCCAAUAUCGGACUUCCAAUCAGUACGACACACUGCAAGGUGGGCUCAGUGGUGGCGGUGGGCUGGAUCCGCUCCAAGAAGGCUGUGGACUGGCGUCUCUUCCGGAACAUCUUCCUGGCCUGGUUUGUGACCGUCCCUGUAGCAGGCCUCUUCAGCGCUGCUGUCAUGGCCCUGUUUGUCUACGGCAUACUGCCUUACGUUUGAGGUGGAAAAUGGGGAAGAGAGGGAGGUAUAGGAAGGUAAUGACGAAAAAAUAAAACCGAGACACAGACAGAAAAAAAAAAUCAAGA